AUGGCAUCACAAUCCACCCUCAAUUCGGAUGCGGAUGCGGAUGCCCCUUGGCAUACAGCCGGACACAAUCACACAAACACAAACGCGAAUAACAACAUGCCCGAGCAACCUUGUUACCCCACACUGCCCGACUACGGCUCUCUAGCCCAGAUACGAGAGGAUCCAUCGUAUCCGGAUGAGCGGGAGCGAGAGCUGGCGCUACAGCUAGCACGAGAGCGGGAAUUGGAGCGCCGAGAAAUGGUGCAGUACGCGGACGCCCAGCGGUUGCUCCUGGAGAGGCGGAGGGGGGAAAUGCUCAGGACUUAUGAUCCGUGGCCCAUCUGGGCGCUGGGAAGGUAUGCAUAUACCUCUGACGCUGAUACGGUUAUGCGCGAGGCGCCGGUGCCUGGGCCUGCUCCUGAGCCUGAGCGCAAAAGUGUGGAUGACUGUGAUUGUGAGUCUGAUCCCUCUCGGGUUGGAAUUGAGGAUGAGGUUGAGGAUGCAGCUGCGGCUCAGGGCAACACUCUGCCGAGUGAGGGUGAGAACUUGGGCACCGAGACUCUCGAGGAUAAAAUCGCUGCUGAGAGGAGGCGAAUUUCUCAUGCGGAUUGGGCGGAUUUACCUGCUCGCGCUCUCGCUCACGACCCCAAGGACCGGAUACCAGAGUGGUCUGAGCGAGAGGAUUCGCCUGCCAGUGUCGAGACGGCUGCCCCUUCCCGGCCCACUAUUCCUGAGGAUGUCAUACCUGAUAUGCAAUAUCACGAGUAUACCAUGGGCGGCGGGAUCGAUUGGAUGGAGUGGAUUGACAAGGAUGAACCCGAGCCCAUGUACGAGUCCGAGCCAGAGGAAGAGGAAUCUGAGGAGGACGCUAGACGCCAGGCUGCUCAGGCUUUGAUAGAGCAUCCGUUCAACUGGUUUACUGCGGCGGAUCAAAAGGAGAACGAGCGUGAGGAAGAUGAAGAGACUGAUGAGUUGGGGACUCGGGCAUACCGCAAAUGGGAGGCCUCGGACCGGGGUCUUCCAGCUGGAGACGCCGAGUUCGAGACGGAGAGCACGCUUGGGUCAGGAUCUGAGACAGAAACAGAGUCCGAGUGUGGAGGACGAUGUGAAUGUGAGCGUGAGGCGAGAUCAGAGUCCGAGUCGCGGACUGCAGAGAUGGACGAGACCGACGAGACCGAAAUGGCAACCGACAGCGCCCUCUGCGAAAGACACAUCACGAACUUGAAAACCGCUCUUCUUAGACUCUACCCUCCAUCGCGAUUCAUCCAACUCCCGCUGGUAAAGGAAUACAUCGCCCGCCUUACCCUCGAUGAAAUCCAAUCCGUCAUUCAAACACACCUCUUGGACGGCUCACACGUCCUGCUAAUCACCCGAACACACACGACCCUCGAGGCAAGCGCCUCUAGCCCAAUGUCCUUUGAAAGGGCAGCCAACGCCAUGAUCCGGCGCCUGUUCCCGCCCGAUCGCGGGCGCGCAAUCACAGUGGAAACAUCCCCACUCAUUGACGCGAUGCGGGCGACGGGCGUUGACAAGUUGCGAGAGGCCCUUCCGGAGGCACUGAAGCACAUGACGACAGAGCAGAUUUGGGCGGUUGUCAUUGCGCCAAAGGUAACGGUCGUCGAGCCUGUUCUUAUUGAGCUCUAUGGAGCUGCGGCGGCGAUGGGGGUUGAAGAGGGGGUUUGGUUUGGGCUUGGGUGUGAAGAGUGGUGGGAGAGGGAGGGGGCCAGGCUUGCAGAGGGCUUUUAA